AUGGAAAUUUGCCAAGGCGACCGAACGACACAAUCGCGGACCAGAGCGGUGGACAUCUACAAUGCACAGAGCGAUAGGCAUCUUUGGAUUGGAAAAAAGGUCUCGCCGUACAAUGAGAUGUGCGCACCACGACAGGGCAUGGUCCACCUCUCGGGCAUCCAGAACUUACAUGUCCGAUACUACGCCAGAGCUCCUAUGCGCCAUGAACGAGACGAAGCAGAAUCGAAAUCUCUAACCCAACCGACCCACCCAUUGCCCGCCCACCCACCUCCGCUUUCCCAACCAAAGUUCACCGCCACCCCCACCGGAUGCACGACGUCAUCCACCAUUCACAAUCCCAAACAAGCGCUUCCGCUUCCUUCUGCUUCCUCGAACCCAUCCUCGAAAACGAGCGAACAACACCAACAACACCUCCGUAUCUCCACCAAACCCCCCGAUCUCGGUAUUCGGUAUACUGCCACUGGGGAAAGCACACGCGAACGGGAGCGUGGCUAUGACUCAUGCAGCCCGGGGCCUGGGCAGCGGGUCACUGGAUGUAGAGAAGCGCAAGUCUUGGUUUCAAUGCAGGUUGCUGUGGGUCGAAGAAGCGCGGGGUUCGAUGAUCUGGAGGCGGGUGCAAAGCGCUGA